AUGGAGUCAGCUGACGGAUUGUUGAUUGAUGGAAUCGAUAUGAAGAGACAAGACGCACUCAUGGAUGGAGUAAUGAUGGCACUGAUGAUGGUUCUGGUCGCCACUUGCCAAUUAUUUUUCCAGCGAUCGAUUGUCUAUGGUCGAGAUCCUGAGGCACGAUGUCGGAUGGAGUACGGUACUAACACCGUGAUGAACAACUUUCACGCACCGAAAAAGGAACAAGUUCAGGAACAUGAUAAGCUGGCAGGCUGGCGCAAAAUGCAAGCUGUAGUGCUGCCCAAUUAUCUUGCUGCACAGCAGGCGGCAGCGUCCAACAUAAUUUGA